AUGGCCGAUCUCAAAGCAAAAGAUAUAGAAGCUGGGAUAUUUCUACCAAAAGUUGACGAGAAAAAAAAUAUAUCUAACGAUCAGUUUAUUGUUCAGCCUGGCUACGAUACGUCCGAACAAGCAGAAAAUAAAGUCAAAGUUAAUAAAACGCUCAAACUGUUCUUGGCUUUCGUUACAACAUUAAAUGCUUUAUACUUGCUCGUCAUAAUUACUGGUUGCAUCAAAUAUAACACAUUUCAUAUUCCGUAUGAUGAUCCGUAUUAUGGAUUUACCGCACUGUUUACUUUUGAAAUGGUCUUUAGGACACCAGCUCUGUUUAUAUGGUUUGAAAAGAGACAUUUAUAUUUCAAAUUAUUUGUUGACCGGCUUGCAAGUUUCUUAGGCGGAGUGGAAUAUUAUUUCGCAUUUGUUUAUCCCAAGGAUUAUAAUACAUGUCGAUACGUUACCAUUUUGUUUCUUUUCUGGAAUGGCAUACAUAAUUUUGCCGCUAUGAUCGUUGAAGUAACGCUGUUCAUUAACAUUUACCAUGCGUCCAAAGAAACUGACGAUUCGUUUGCAUAUGCGUUGUCUUAA